CAGUUUUCCCCGGGGGUUUGUGUGGCGCAGGCGAGCGUCUCUCUCGCUCUCUCCUCUUGCAGCAGCGCCCUUGCGCGGGCGCCGGUCACAAGGCGGAUGGCGGCGGGGGUGGCUGCCGAGGAAACCGCGGCCGGGUCGGAGGAGCUGGAGGCUCCUACGCGGCUGCUGCGGGCUCUCACCUGGCUCGGGCAGGAGUUCAUGUCGGACUGGGAGGCCCAGGACUUACGGGCCGCCCUCUUCCAGGUCCUUUUGGUCUGGCUGCUGGUGAGCUUGCUUGGCAUCCAGGUGGCCUGGCGGGUCUACGGGAACACCGUCACCGGCCUCUACUACCGGCAAGGUCCUGGAGGACAGAAUGGGGGAACACCAGAUGGCUCCUCCUCCUUCUCAGUAUGGGAAGGCUCAAGCAAUGAGACUAUGAAAACACAUCGGGAGUGAUGAGAGAAGUGACCAGGCCAGGCUUCUAGUGGCUCCAGGAGCACAGAGGAUACUGAUGCUCGCCUGCCCAGGGGCCUUGCUCUUUCAGUGCUGAGGAAGCUGCAGUCAUCGUUGCCCUUUCUCCCACCCUGUGGCCUGCCUGCUGGCCAACCAUGGUGCUCUGAGGACUGUGCUGCUCCCAUCCACCUGCCAAGCACUGAGUCUCAGGAUUGCUCUUACUCAGGUUGGGGAAGCUGUCGGUUUCCCCUCGUCACUACUGUCUGCGUUAUUCUUCCUCUUGCUGUGCUGCGGGUCCUUUUGCAGAUUAGCCUUAUGACUGCCUCUUUUCACCGUCCCACCUAUGAUCGGCGUAUCCUUCUGCAGUGGUGCUUAAAAUUCCCUUUGCCUUGAACCAGCCUCGGAUCAAAAAAGGAAGCAAGCCCCACCGUUGAUGGGAAGAUGAGUUCUUCCAUUUAGCUCCAACAUUGUGUGCUUAGUUUGCUCUGGUAUUGGAGGCUCAGUCCAGUUAAUUCAAACUCUUGAUGGUGCCCUCCCUCAGUCAACCGUAGUAGUCUGUGCCAACAAUGAUCCUUGUGAGCUCACUGGUUUUCUAAAACAAUUCAUGUCUCUAAACCCUACUCUGUGGUGCUAGUGCCCUGCAGCGGGAGGGUGAAGCUCUCUGCAGUUCAGUCGUGCUAGAGGUGUUGAUGUGAUAUUGUGCCAUCCUUCCAUUGAGCCAGAUGCUGCCUUUUAUCAUCUGGUUAAUUGUGUGUAAUGUAUGGACUAUAAAGAAGUAAUGGAAAACCAAAAA